CUCUUUCCUACAUCCCUUAAAAAAAAGAGAGAGAGAGAGAAAGAAUAAAACAAAACCUAGUAUUACUUCGCCUUGACAAACUGCAGAAAGGACUUCUUUUUCCUCUGCGCGUAAGAUUGUUUUUUCUUCUGCUGCUGUCUCGAAUAAAACGCGCUGGACUUUUUUUUUUUUUUCCUCUCCGUGAUUUUGAAGGAAAACGAGGUGAAACGAUGCAGCAGCGCAAAAAGGUGGAAGUCUUCCUCGUCUCCCCCUCGGAAUAAUGCCAAAUGGAGGCUGUGCUGAGCACCUCACCGUCUCACCAACUGCUGUGGAGGCAUGCCAAGCCAUGCAAGUGACCUUUAUCACACCAUGAAUGAGAGCUGUGCCGCUCAAAGAGGACACAAGUAACCUUUUCUUGUUAUCUAAGAAGGAGCUGUUGAUCUGAAGAGAGGGAAGCGGAGACAAGAGCGCAGCAUCUUGCAAAACAAAUAAACACAAAAAAAACGACAGGAUGCCAAAACGGUUUGAGGAGAUGCUCAUGGAUCUGUGGAUGCCUUUGUUGCUGCUGUGGAUUACUUGCACUCCCUGUGUGUCUAUGACGCCUAUCCUAGGCCAGUCUGAAACUGCAAAAACCGGUGGGUCUGCAGCGGUGGCGAGCGGUCUUGGCGAAGGACAAAGAUUACUGAGUCGAGCCAAGAGGGGAUGGGUUUGGAAUCAAAUGUUUGUGCUGGAGGAAUUUUCUGGACCCGAUCCAAUUCUAGUUGGCAGGCUACACACCGAUUUGGAUGUGGGCAACAAAAACAUCAAGUACGUCCUAGCAGGAGAGGGAGCGGGCACCAUCUUCGCCAUCAAUGAGUUAACGGGCGACAUUCACGCUAUGAAGAGGCUGGACCGUGAGGAAAAGGCUGAGUAUACGUUAACAGCUCAGGUCAUUAACGCCGAUACAGACGAGCCCUUGGAGCCACCUUCUGAGUUCAUCAUCAAAGUCCAGGACAUCAACGACAAUCCGCCACAAUUCAUCGAAGGCCCGUACCAUGCCUCCAUUCCAGAAAUGUCAACUGUAGGUACACCAGUGACACAGGUGACAGCAACUGAUGCUGAUGACCCCGUGUAUGGCAACAGCGCUAAGCUGGUCUACAGCAUACUGGAAGGACAGCCAUAUUUCUCUGUAGACCCGAACUCUGCAACCAUAAAAAUUGCACUCCAUGGGAUGGACCGAGAGAUGAGAGAAGAGUACCUGGUGGUGAUCCAGGCUAAGGACAUGGGUGGUCAUAUGGGUGGUUUGUCCGGCACAACAACUGUUACUGUUACACUAACAGACAUCAACGAUAACCCACCGAAAUUCUCGAAAAGCUUAUAUGAGUUUGUAAUCCCAGAGGAUCUUGAAAUAGGACAACAGGGUGGCAAGGUGAAGGCAAAUGAUAGGGACAUCGGUGAAAAUUCCAAAUCAACAUACAGCAUCAUUGAGGGAGAUGAACAAGGUGUGUUUGAGAUUGCUACAGACACACAAACCCAAGAAGGGAUCCUCCAACUGAAGAAGCCUUUAGACUUUGAGAGUAAGCGAGCCUACACGCUGAAAGUCGAAGCCACCAACAUCCGCUCUGAGUCCAGCAGUGGCGGUCCCUUCAAAGAUACAGCCACGGUGAAGAUUGCUGUGGAGGACUCCGAUGAGCCUCCUGUUUUCUCCAAACCCAUGUACUUCCUGGAAGUCAAUGAGAAUGCCCCCAUCAACACCGUCAUAGGCACAGUUACUGCCAGAGACCCAGACUCUACUGGCAGCCUUGUUAGGUACUUCAUUGAUCGACACACAGACCUGGAGAGACUGUUCAACAUUAACGUGGACGACGGGAAAAUCACACUGGCCAAACCUCUGGACCGUGAGACAGAUAUGUGGCACAACAUCACAGUAACUGCCACGGAAGUCAGAAACCACAGUCAGAUAUCCAGGGUGAUCGUGGCCAUCAGAGUAAUGGACAUCAACGACAAUGCCCCUGAGUUUGCCACUGAAGACAAUGCCUUUCUGUGUGAAAAUGGAAAACCUGGACAGGUGAUCCAGACUAUCAGUGCAAUGGACAAAGACGACCCCAUUCAAGGCCAUUAUUUUGACUAUCGGCUAGUCCCAGAGAUGCUCAACAACCCUAAUUUCACCAUAAAAAACAACCAAGACAAUUCAAUCAGCGUUGUAGCCAAGCAUGACACCUUCCGACGACAGAAACAAAAGAUGUACUUCCUGCCAAUAAUUGUGACGGACAACGGCAACCCACCAAUGAGCAGCACCAAUACCUUGACAAUCCGAGUCUGUGGAUGCAGCAAGGAAGGCACCGUCCAGUCCUGCAAUGUGGAAGCAUACGUGCUUCCAAUUGGACUCAGUAUGGGGGCUCUCAUCGCCAUUCUGGCCUGCAUUAUACUACUGUUAGUAAUAGUAGUACUGUUUGUGACAUUGAGGAGACACAAGAAUGAGCCUCUGAUUAUCAAGGAUGAUGAAGAUGUGAGGGAGAACAUAAUCCGUUACGAUGAUGAGGGAGGUGGUGAAGAGGACACUGAAGCUUUUGACAUCGCCACGCUGCAGAACCCUGAUGGCAUCAAUGGCUACCUGCCACGCAAGGACAUCAAGCCUGACCUACAGUUUAUGCCCAGGCAGGCCAGCUCAGGCCCCAAUGGUGUGGACGUGGAUGAAUUCAUCAAUGUACGUCUCCAUGAGGCAGACAAUGAUCCCACAGCACCACCUUAUGACUCCAUCCAGAUCUAUGGAUACGAGGGCCGGGGCUCGAUUGCUGGCUCUCUGAGCUCACUGGAGACAGCAUCAUCAGACUCGGAUCAGAACUAUGACUAUCUCAGUGAGUGGGGCCCACGCUUCAGAAGACUUGGGGAGCUUUACUCUGUGGGUGAGAGUGAUCGCGAGACCUGACCUUUGGUUUGUUAUAUAAAAGACCUUUGAUUUUUUUUUGUUUGCUCUCCGCAUACUUGUGUUUUAAAUACUAGGAGGGCGAGGGGUUCGUUGGCUUUUAGAAACAGGUGUUUUAAAAAUAAAAAGUGAAUAAAAAUGGAUUCCACCUUUUUGUAUUCUUCUUAGAGUCAUCAUCCACUAUGUCAAUCGCAUUGUAAUCGUCAAGCCAAACAAUGUUUUUGUUAGGAGAUCUGAUUCUUGUGGAGUGUUACUUAGAUUCUGUUGUGGAGUGUCUAGCAGUACUUUGGGUGUUAGUCAUUUGCUGUGACUGCCAGUGGUAAUGUUGCUGGUAGUUGCCCAGUGAAAGGAAACAAUGUUGUUGUUGGGUUCUCUGAAGCUUGAAUGGACAUCAUACUCCAUGGACAACAAGAUGGACUGCAGAAGCUGCAGACAGGCUCUUGUUUCUUAUCUCCUUAAGCCACCAAGCUACCCGAUGAUCUGAAACAACAUGGAAAUGUAAAAGCAAUAUAUGGUCUACGUUACAAUGAUGAAUGUAUUGUAUGAUUAAAAAAAAAAUUGCAAAAAGAUGAACUACUCUUGGCAUUAAGGUGAAUUUGUUAUCAUUUGAUAUGGUCUCUGGUGGCCACAUUUGUAAACUAUCUGAAGCCCAGAAGGCUCGCUUUAUACAACUCUUUGUAUUUACAUGCUACAGGUGUGGGUCGCAAGUGUUAUUAGCCUAUAAAAGACUGAAGACAAAAAAGAAAAAUGUAGAAACUCUGAGGCCUUCUUUUUACAGAAGCAACAUUAAAUACAGUUGUAAUCAGUUGUUUUCUUUACUUUUUUGACAAGAAACCUGUUGAUUCAUCAUUGCUUUGAGUUUUUUGGAAAUCUGCUUUUAAACCAUCCUUUCUCUGUGCUGACAAUUUGAAGUGAAUGUGUGUAGAUUUUUCACUUGCAGCUGUUUUAUUAAACCACUUGCACAUUGUUGCAUAUCAGCCAAACCUUAACAUAACUUUACUGCAGUUGAUGACCUAGACUAGAUGUGAGCAGGAAAGCUCAAAGUCACCAUGUAGUAACAAUAAUGAUAUAAUAAUCAGGAGUACAGCAAUGUGAAACAUGCUAAUUCUGUGUAAAAUAUAUCUCAUAAUAUGUUUUGAGGAGCACAAUAGUUCCCUCAAAAUGUCAAAUUUCAUUUAGGAAGUACAGCUCGCAUUAGCCCAGGAAGCUCAACUCAAGAAAUCCAGAUCGUGUGUCUCGUGCUUACACUGUAUGAUAAUAAUUUUAAAAAAGUAAUGUACAUAGAGUUACUGCUAACAUCAUUAGCUUUCAAUGAGGUGUAGGUUUUGUCUCUGCACGUUAGCUCUUGCACAUUAAGAGAAAUUCAAUGGGACUACAGCUGCGUGCAUAGUGUUAUGGCAGUUAUCGGUAGACUAAACAAUAUAUAUGGAAUAGUCCUACAUGCAGACCAUAUUUUUUACUGUGCUUUAAUGCUUAUAAAUGUGUAUGUUCAAUUAUUUACUCUCUGUACUGUAAUCUAAGAAACCCUGUAUUGUUUCCUACUUUGUGAAAUAUAUUUUUAUAAAUAUCA